AUGACCACCAACAACCACUCUGCCGCUGACGCUGCUGCCAAAAUCUUCCCGCCCAAGUACCUCGCCCACGUCGUCCUGCGCACGGCCAACUUCCGGCCCAUGGUGGACUUUUGGACGACGUUCCUCGGCGGCUCCAUCACGUACGGCAACGACAAGCUCGCAUUCAUUACCUACGACGAGGAGCAUCACAGGGUAGCGAUUCUGAAUUUGCCCGAGUCGGGGCCAAAGGACGCGACGAGUUCGGGGCUAGAACACGUCGCCUUCGGGUUCAGCACGAUCGACGACCUCGCGCUGGCCUACACGCAGCGCAAAGCCCGCGGCAUCGUGCCCGGGUGGUGCGUCAACCACGGCCCCACGACGAGCCUGUACUACAAGGACCCGGACGGCAACAAGAUCGAGAUGCAGGUCGACAACUUCGCCACGGUGCAGGAGGCCACGGCCUUCUUCCACACGGCCGAGUUCGCCGAGAACCCCGUCGGCGUCGACUUUGACCCGGACGAGUUGGUCAGGCGGCUCCGCGACGGGGAGGACCGGAGGGAGAUUCUGAAGAGGCCCAGGACGGGGCCGAGAUUGAAUUAUAAGCGGUAUUAG